AGUCGACGCACACGCGGAGCUCGCCGGUUGUUGACGAGCUCACAUGCUGCUGUUCGGUACAAGAGGGCAGAUUUCACGUAUGUAGCUUGUAGACUUACGGAACUUCACAGUAUUUAAUCGGGAUGUCCGCGUCGUUGAUCAGAAGAGGACUGGAGCUGCUGAGCGACGACAUUAAAGAUGUCAGUAAGGUCAAGAAGAAGAAGAAGAAGCAGCAGCAGCAGACCCCCAGCUCAGCCACAGUGAUGGAGCUGGUCAGCACCAAGCGGCAGGGAGUCACCAAGCAGGUCAAAAGGCUGCAGGGCCGCCUCGGUCCUGGGAAGAGCAAAGCCACUGUCAAAGACAAGAGGAUCAAAUCUGCAGUGGAGGAGUUCAGGAAGACACAGGGGAAGAGCCAUUUGAGAGCUAAUCUCAACUACUUUAUGGGAACUGAAACCAAAGCAACUGAUUCUGAUACGCUGAAGAUUCUGAACCAACACUCCGGUAGACAGUCGAGAAAUCGCCCCGACAAACCCGCAAAGAAGGCGAAGGAGAAGGAGUCUUUGUUCACCGAGGAGGAGUUCCAGCAGUUCCAGAAGGAAUACUUUGGCAGGACUGUGGAGAACAAGAAAUAAAGCACACAGAGACACAAAGACACUGCAGCUGAAGCGUCGGAGCUGCGUUUUCUGGAUCAAAGUGGAUCUGAAUGUCUCCUGCAAAUUGGU